UUUUUUAGUGUCAAAAUAGAGUUGGUUUUUCUGCGUCUUCUUCCACGGAAGCUGUUAAUUAAAUGAGUUAAAUUAAUUGGCCCAAGCAGUGGCUUUAAUUAAAAAGGGUUCCCAGAAGUGUUUCGCUCGCCGUGAUCUGAAAAAGUCGUAGACCCAGGUGCAACAGGUGCCAAUUGCAAGUGAAAGCCAGUUGAAAGCAACAGAAAAAGAAAAGAAAACCCCACAGAAUGCCGCCCGUGCAAGUCCAGGCAGCAAACAUGUCGCUCGGUGCGAUGCAUUGUACGCGAUGUGCCGAUGGAUUCGAGCCCACCGAGAAGAUUGUCAACUCCAAUGGAGAAUUGUGGCACACACAGUGCUUUGUAUGUGCCCAGUGCUUCCGACCGUUCCAGGAUGGCAUCUUCUACGAGUUCGAGGGCCGCAAGUACUGCGAACGUGACUUUCACGUGCUCUUCGCACCCUGUUGCAACAAGUGCGGCGAGUUUGUCAUCGGGCGGGUCAUCAAGGCCAUGUCCGCCAGCUGGCAUCCACAGUGCUUCCGCUGCCAAUUGUGCGCCAAAGAGCUGGCCGACUGCGGGUUCAUCAAGAACCAGAACCGCGCCCUGUGCCACGAGUGCAAUGCCAAGGUGAAGGCGGAGAUCACCGGCCGCUAUGUAUGCCAAAAAUGCCAUGGCCUUAUUGACGAGGAGCCUUUGAGAUUCCGUGGUGAAGUGUACCACGGCUAUCACUUCAGUUGCACGGCCUGCGGCACCGAGCUGGAUUCCACGGCUCGAGAGGUCAAGAGCCGACCGGGAUUAGCUGCAAAUGAUAUGAAUGAACUGUAUUGUUUGCGUUGCCAUGAUAAAAUGGGCAUUCCCAUUUGUGGCGCCUGUCGCCGGCCAAUUGAGGAGCGAGUGGUCACGGCGCUGGGGAAGCACUGGCAUGUGGAGCAUUUCGUGUGCGCCAAGUGCGAGAAACCCUUCCUGGGCCAUCGGCACUACGAGAAGCGAGGAUUGGCCUACUGCGAGACGCACUAUCAUCAGCUCUUUGGCAACCUGUGCUUCGUUUGCAACCAGGUCAUUGGAGGCGAUGUUUUCACUGCCCUGAACAAGGCCUGGUGUGUCCACCACUUUGCCUGCUCCGUGUGCGACACAAAGAUGACACAGAAGUCCAAGUUCUACGAGUAUGACGAGAAGCCGGUGUGCAAAAAGUGUUAUGAGCGAUUCCCUAACGAACUGCGACGACGACUGCGCACCGCCCACGAGAUGACAAUGAAAAAGAACGUCUAAAUGUCUGGAACCAAGCCUUGAGUCCACACCAAACAGUGCCUUCGUUGUUUUAGACCCGCUAUCUCUACCAUUUUUAACAUUCGAGAAACUAAAACGAAACCAACUAAAACCUUUUGUGCAUGUCUUUUCAAUCUGUUGUAACCCUGUUGUGUGUAAUUUCUAUUGUAAAAAUCGUGUAUCAACGGCAGCUAUAGCUAGGGAGCAAAAUAAUUGUGUAUUAACAGCUUUUAACGUUGUUAUUUAAUGGAAUUUUAUUUAUACAUAAAUGUUUUAAAAAUGAUGAAA